AUGGAUGACCCAGCAUACACAUGGCCUGCAUGGAAGUUUGGUCUGAAGAAGGAAGAUCUAUCUAACAAGCUUCACGACCAGUACAACACUUAUCUCGCGCCGAUCCAAAGCCCCGAAGCCUUUUAUUACGACAUCUCCGAAAUCGCCCAUACCGCGCAUUCUGCUGCCGAGUUCCAUCGUCUCGCCCACGGUCGAAAACAACAGCGACUCAACGAAUUGAACGAGGCCCUCGAGUCUGCAAGUUUCGAGAUUAUUGGCAAUCCGAGGCUCAUCGAGACCCUUCAGUGGGAACAUGCCAUUCAACUCUUUCGUACCAACUCCCUCGACUCGCUCGUUCAAUACUUUGCAUCAUACCUCCCCCGAGAACACCGCUGGCACCCGUUGCGUCAAGACUCUGUCCUGUCGGGCCCCGACCGCACUGAAAGAUUUAACAAAAGACAUUCCUCUGCUACCGCUGGGAAAGUUAGUCAAGUAAGUACAGACGCCGGGUUUGUCAAUGGUAUCACGCUUAAAGCAAAUGAACACAAACGGGGGGGAACGUGCAACGAUAAUUCACGUCGCAGAGCGAGACCCAGAACAAGCAUGUGGUCUAGGGAAGUUGACCUUGAACACACCCACUCAGCAGCACAGAGAAGAGCCUUGUUCGAUCGUCAUACAGAGCCAAAGGGACCAUUCCUCAAGUUCUCUCCCAAGAACCCGCCUUGCACCGUGGGUCUCAAACUUCAACCCGCAGUUGGGCGCUUUCCAAGUAGAGUCGGGUUGAAGAGGAAACGCGCUUGA